AUCCAAACAUGGACAAACCAACAAAACCAGUCUCUCUCGCGCAGGCGCUCUCAAUGACUCUUCUUUAUCUAGUAGUUCUUGCUUUCUCUCUCUAGGUUCUUUUAUGUUCAUAGAUUCGAUUUCAUUUUCUCUAACACUCAAACCCAAAAUAAACCCAACCCCCAUUCAGCCUUGCCACUCCUGCGGCAUCGUCUUCUUCUUCUUCUCUGAAAGAACCAGAAACAGAGCAAAUCAUCGAGAUCGAAGAGGAGAUGAUGAACCAGAUUGAAGCAAACGCAUGCAUCUACAACUACAAUACUACUCAGAUGUGGUGCGGCAUGCCAUUGUCGGGAACAACCACGGUGGAGACGCUCCUCCCCACCAUAUACGGCUCUGUAAUUGCCGAUUCCAAAGCUACUACUGCUCCGAUCAAAUCAGAGACCGAACUCAACUAUAACAAUAUUCAACAAUUAUUGCCAAGAAAACGUUCGAGAGACACCUACUCCUCCUCUAACAGCAUCAAUCCUCUACUGUCUCUGCAAUUGCAACAGCAGCAAUUCGACGUCGAACACCUCAUCUCGCAACACAUGGAGAAGGUGAGGCUGGAGAUUGAGGAGAAUCGGAAGAGACAAGCGAGGAGAAUCAUCGAGGUUAUAGAGGAAGGAACGAUGAAAAGACUGAGAGCCAAAGAAGGCGAGAUUCAAAAGAUUGGGAAACUGAACUCCGCACUCGAAGAGAGAGUCAAGUCGUUGUGCAUGGAGAACCAGAUAUGGCGUGAUUUGGCUCAGGCAAACGAAGCCGCUGCAAACGCUCUCCGUACAAACCUGGAGCAUGUACUAGCGGCGACGACUCGAAUAGACGACGCCGCGGCGGCGAUGAUGGACGAUGCACAGUCGUGCUGCGGCAGCACUAGUCGUGGUGGUGGUGCCGGGGCGGAAGAAGAGGAAGUGCAGGAGCGGCGCAUGAUGGCGAGUAGGGCGCAGGAUAAGGGUAGUAGUACUGGUACAGCGUUAAGUAGGAUGUGCAGGAAUUGCGGGAAAGGAGGAGCGUGCGUGUUGUUACUGCCGUGCAGGCAUUUGUGUUUGUGUAGGGUUUGCGGGUCGAAUCUCCAUACUUGCCCCAUCUGUAAAUCCACCAAGAAUGCAAGUCUCCAUGUCAACAUGCCUUGAGCAAUUACCACACCCAACAAUUCGUAUUUCGGUUUUUGCUUUGUUUUUUUUUUAAAAUUGUUUUUCUUACUUUGUAUUUGAAUUGAAAAUAAUUAUCCAUAAUUAAAUGGAUUGAAUGCUAUUU